AACUCUCCAUUAACGAUGCAUCUCUCUCUCUCCCUCUUCCUCCACCCUCUGUCCCGCUCUCCUCACCUUUCUAAAGGUUUCCUGAGUACAGGGGACCAGUCAGCCAAGGGGAACUAUGGUCUGUUGGACCAGAUCCAGGCCCUGCGUUGGCUCAAUGAGAACAUCGGACAUUUUGGCGGCGACCCCGAGCGCAUCACCAUCUUCGGCUCCGGCGCCGGCGCGUCCUGCGUCAACCUCCUCAUCCUCUCGCACCACUCCGAGGGUAAGGGGCACACUGGGUUGUUCCAGAGGGCCAUAGCCCAGAGUGGCUCAGCCAUCUCCAGCUGGUCGGUCAACUACCAGCCCCUCAAGUACACCAAGAUCCUGGCCCGGAAGGUGGGCUGCAGCCACUCAGAGACGGCAGAAUUGGUGGACUGCCUGAGGAAGAAGAAUUUCAGGGAGCUGGUGGAUCAGGACAUCCAGCCGGCACGCUACCACAUCGCCUUCGGACCCGUAGUGGACGGAGACGUGGUGCCGGACGACCCUGAGAUACUCAUGCAGCAGGGGGAGUUCCUGAACUAUGACAUCCUGAUAGGAGUGAACCAGGGAGAGGGGCUGAAGUUUGUAGAUGACAGUGAAGACAACGAUGGGAUCUCAGCUGCAGCGUUCGACUACACUAUCUCUAACUUUGUGGACAAUCUCUAUGGAUAUCCUGAGGGUAAGGACAUCCUGAGAGAGACCAUUAAGUUCAUGUACACUGACUGGGCCGACCGUGACAACGGAGACAUGAGGAGAAAAACCCUCCUCGCCCUGUUCACGGACCACCAGUGGGUGGCGCCGGCGGUGGCCACGGCCAAACUGCACGCCGAGUUCCAAUCUCCUGUUUACUUCUACACAUUCUACCACCACUGUCAGACGGAGACGCGGCCAGAGUGGGCGGACGCGGCCCAUGGGGAUGAGAUCCCCUACGUGUUCGGGGUGCCCAUGAUCGGAGCCACCGACCUCUUCCCCUGCAACUUCUCUAAGAAUGAUGUCAUGCUCAGUGCUGUAGUCAUGACGUACUGGACAAACUUUGCUAAGACGGGGGACCCCAACCUGCCAGUGCCUCAGGACACCAAGUUCAUCCACACCAAGCCCAACCGCUUCGAGGAGGUCAUCUGGACCAAGUUCAACUCCAAGGACAAGCAGUACCUGCACAUUGGUCUGAAGCCCCGCGUCAGGGACAACUACCGAGCCAACAAGGUGGCCUUCUGGCUGGAGCUGGUCCCUCACCUACAUUCCCUCCAUGACGAAUUCCCCCCCACCACCAGGCUACCUCCAGGCAGCACCCGCCCCCCUGGGGUCCCCUGGAAGCCCAAACCCCGCACCACAGGCCACCCCUACCCCACAUUCCCCGACCCCGUGGAGCCCUACGGAUCAGAGCGGCCCAGACUGGACCUCUUCCCCGGUGACACACGGGAUUAUUCCACAGAGCUGUCGGUGACAGUGGCGGUGGGGGCGUCGCUACUCUUUCUCAACAUCCUGGCAUUCGCCGCGCUCUACUACAAGCGGGACAAGCGGCAGGAGAUGCGGCGCCACCGGCUCUCCCCGCAGCGCCACGGCGGGCCCGCCAACGACCUGGCGCACAGCCAGGAGGAAGAGAUCAUGUCCCUGCAGAUGAAGCACUCGGAGCACGACCCGCACCACGACAUGGAGCCCCUCCGUCCCCACGACAUCAUGCGGCCCGCCUGCCCGCCCGACUACACUCUGGCCCUGCGGAGGGCCCCGGACGACGUGCCCCUCAUGACCCCCAACACCAUCACCAUGAUCCCCAGCACCAUCACCGGCAUGCAGCCCCUCCACCCCUUCAAUACCUUCCCCAGCACCGGCCACAACAACACCCUGCCCCACCCCCACUCCACCACACGCGUAUAGUAAAGCUAGAGCUCCCCCUGGGGGAUCGGUGGACCAACUACUAUGCGCUCGGGCUCCCUCUCUAUGGAUAUCUCUCUCUCUCUUACUCUCUGUUUCUCCAACCGUCAGCCUGCUGCCCUGAUGCUGUGUACUUCCUAUAGUGCCACCUGUUGAGGUUAAGUGGAAGUGCAGCUGAACUGCAGGGGCAGCAGAUGUUAAGGGGGGACAUUGAGACAUUUAGAAACUAUUUUGAUGGGGUCUCGUAUUCUCUGACUGACAGGCCCCAGACCUUCCCAGAGGACAAUCCUCUUACUGUGCUUUUCAUUUUGUUCUUUUUUCAUCCCCCUUUUUGUCCGUUUCUGUGCUGUAAUAGGGUUGGAGAUUGUUUUUGGGGGUGUUGGGUAAAGUGACCUCUGAUAUAUUGGAAAACCUCUAUCUCUCUACUCAUGUCAUCUGCUUACUUGAUUAAGUGUUUUCUCUUUUCUACAUCCAUCUCUUUCCCUCUGUAGUUCUAAACCCCCCUCAAAUGAACCCCUCAGCCCACCCUUAGGAAUUGUUGGGAGUCUUUUUCAUACAAGGCGUACAGUACAUACAGUUAGCAUCUAUCAUGAAAAUAUUGAUAUUCUGAUAUCGUCUUUCUACCAGCAUUCUUGGUGCCAAGUACUGUGUUGUUUUCCCAUAGGAGGGAACUGAGAGAGAAUCAAGAGUGUGGAGCUGUAUCAAGAUAGCCUACUGACUGUGUUCAUGAAAAGUGCCAAUUUGGCCUAUCUUGUGUGCUUUUUUCUUUGAUUGUUUGAUUGUUGCUUUCAGUUCUUAUUUUUUUUGUGGAAAGAAUUUUAAGUAUAUAGAUAUAUAGUUAUAUAUAAAUGUGUACAAAGAAGAAGAUAUAUAAAUGGUUUUCUCAGUGGGGAUCUAUGCAUGAAUUAUUUUUUUAAAUGAUGAUGAGGAAAGGACACUGGAUAGUCAAUGUUUCCACACGUCUCCUGUUUUAAACCAUUUCUAUCUCUAUUUCAUAUGCUUUUUCUUCCUAUUUUAUUCUUCAAAAACAAAAAAUGGAGGCAAUUAAAAAAAACUGCACGGAUGCUUCUUUGAUUUGCACAAUUAUCCUUUACAACAAGAAAACCCUGACUGGAACAAACAUGAAUAAAAUACUGUUCCUACACCUUGAAUAUACAACACAUUGCGUAUCAUCACCAUCUCCCAUGUUCAUUGCUCACUGUCUACUAUUGCACUAUAGACCACAUGCUACCCCAACCAAAUCAACUACCCCAGUAAAUCAAACCAACCUUUAUUCUUACAACACAUUUCAUACAAAGCAGGUGCAAACCAAUGCGACCACAUAUCAGUCACACAGAGACCCCUCUCCCCCUGCUCUGCUAUCAUCAGGCCAGGGCCCCUGAGGGCCCCUCUUAUGUAAUGUGAGAUAUUGGUGCCACUCUAGCAGCUCUGUCUUUGUCUCGUAAUAACCAAGCCAUCCACUGAGCCCUGGGCCCCUGUCUCCUAGUGAGUCAUUAUGGCAGGCAUGGAAGUCAUAAUCUUCCACUGAAAUGGCAUCCUAUUCCCUAUUGCACUACUUCUGGCCAGUCAGGCAAAAAGUAGUGCAAUAUAGGCAUUAGGGUGUUGUUUUGGAUACACUUCUAGAGGUAUUGGUGUCCAUUAUGCUCUGGUCAAAAGAAGUGUACUAUGUAGGGGAUAGGGUGCCCUAGAGGUAUUGGUGUCCAUUAUGCUCUGGUCAAAAGAAGUGUACUAUGUAGGGGAUAGGGUGCUGCAGGUAGAGAUAUUGAAGGUACAUACAGUACUCAAGUCUUGGAGGCUCAUAGAACGUUACUUUCCUAAUUCUGUUAGUAGGAAGGGGAGAAAAGGACGGGCAGUUCUCACUCUCCCUCCUUCUUUCACACAGUCUGUCCUUUCUACGCCUCUAUUUCCAGCACAUGCAUAUUCUGUUUGAUGAGUGUGUGUGCGUGCGUGGGUGUGUGUGUGUACGUACAUGUCAGCACAGCUUCACCGGGGCAUGGGUAAUUAGAGUGCAUGGAGAAUGAUGGAGGGAGAGAGGAUGAGAGAGAGACAGACAUCUCAACUCAGAGGCUCAUCCCCAUGAUGUGAACCCACACUCCAAAAUAACAUUUCUCCAACUGCUUACACACUACACACACACACACUCCUCCAUUCUUCAUCCCUUUCUCCUUUCCUCCACCAGUAAACACCAACAUUUAACUAACUAGGCGUAAUAGCUACAUGAAUGUGAUGAGUUGAGUAGAACUCAUAACUUUGCUGUGUACAGUCAUUCAACCCUGCAUCUUCUGACCCUUAAUCCCUGACCCCUCACCCUGCGGACUCUGUUGCUCCCACAACCCCUUAGCUCUACUGCUGUACAUGUAACUCUAAGCACACUGAGCAAGACUGCGGGUCUGUCAGCCAGGCCAUGGUCUGUGAUAACAAAGCUGGGAGAGGACCUUAGACUAAGAGGCAACAAAGUGAUCAGCUGUUGCUGGGUUUUAGUUUUUCUUUCUUUUUUUAACAGGGAAAAACACAUAAAAGUUGAGGGAAAGUCUAUUGAUAACACCCCCGACUGUAAUGCUCAAAUAUGGCCAGUAGAGGGGGCUGACGGGUUAAUAUGAUUAAUCCCACUGAACAGAACUGUAGAGCUGUGAGUGUCAACCCACAGUGCACUGUAUCCUCUAUGGGAAACCGUUAGCGACGAUGUUGUGUCUAUGCUUGUGUUUAGCUUCAGACUUUUCUUUGGUUUCUAUUUCAUUAAUACUUGAGGAUUGUGGAAGUUGAGGGGAGAAUGUGAGAGAACACAGUGGUAGAGUCCGACUGUGUUAGCCUACUGAGAGAGACAGUGUGUGGUGGGGAAAUGGGGGAAUGAUUAGCUGCACAAUAUACUGUAACAUAGACUGGACUGGGGUUGUGGUCAGUGGGAGCUAGAGAAGGACUCAAUACAAGCUGUGUUCUUGGACUAGAAGAAGAAACGUGGGAGAGAGACUCAAAGCAUCCAAGUCAUCAUCACAACCUUAAACAAAGGGGAAAGGUUGUGAGAUGUGACUGGUCAACUGGGACAGUGGACAGACUUAUUUCAUCGAUGGGAGUGAUCAGAGUCUGUCCUAUGAAGAGUCGUUGUGCCAUUAGAUCCUAGUGAACUAUUUUAUAAUUAUUCAUGUGAAUAGGAGGGCCGUGGGAUGUCGCAGAGGAAACUACUACUAGUACAUAUACAACUAAACAGAACUUCAACCAAUAGAAGAGCGACAGAAGCUGUUUCCAUUUUUCUGUUCUUUUCCUUGACUAUUUUAUAGGUUUACACACUAGAGGGCGCCAUGGUGACACACAAUCACCAUAACAACGUAUCUGUCAGCCUCUGAACAUUUGGGAAUGUGGAGGAAUACAUUGUUGCGUGACACAGAGACACGUCAAAAAAAGAGGAGCAAAACUGUACAUUUUUAAGUGUAAGAACAAACAAACAGGCAGAAAUAUUUGUAAAUAUUACCUUUCUUGUUUGUUUUUUCGAUUGAAUGAAAUGACUUUGUGACAACAACAGAGACAACAGGUGCAAGUUGAUAAGGGGCCACCAGCUAGUAUUGUACCUUCACUGUACACCAUUUGAAUAUAUUCGCUGCUGUACUCUUUCGAAGGAUUCAGGAAUGUCCGAUUCUAGUUCAAUUAGCCCUGUGUUGUCAGUGCAGAAUGUUACAAUGUUGUGCAGAAGUGGGUAGACGGUGGACAUUCAGAACAUAGUCAUAGAGUUGUCUAUGUAGCAUCUUGACGUGUGAAAGCACUAAGCAAACACUGUAGCAGGGAGACUCACCCAUUCUUACUCUGUGCUGUGGUUUAUAUGGUCUCUCUCCCACAUUCAAAUGGGACAUGCAUAACUGCAGGCCUUUAUUAGCUGUCUACCACACCAGCAUAUCUGUAUGAUGAUGCAGGAUACCUUAAAGGCGGAAUCUGUCAUUCCCACUUUCCCCUAUGGCAACUACAAUACAGGGACACUUUUACCGGAAAUUAAAGUUACAGAGUGCACCUUUAAAAACAACCUUGUGGCUUCUGGAGUCUGGAUAUUCACUCCCUGUUGCCUUUCGUAUUGUAGCGUAGCCCCAAAACCACAGGGGGAUAGAGAAAUGAGGGCUUUAUGUAACCUAAGAUGCCUCUGAUCUAGCCUAGUCCCAGAUCUGCUUUUGCCCUCUUACCAACUCCUACGGUCAUUGUCACGACUAGGAGUUGACUAGACAGCACAAACAGAUCUGGGACCAGGCUACAUCUUAUCCUCAUCGGAAAUCACAUACUGCGGGUGGGUCACAUGUCCCCCUGAAUACACUGCGUUAUAUACAAUGUGUGUAGGUGUCCUGUUCAUGUAGGUUGUGCUACAUGACCUCAUCAUAAGCUAUUGGUACAGCUACGCUUGCCUUCCAGGUGGAGAGGUGUGGUGGGAAUGAGUUGCUUUGACCACUGCACGCCUAGUGGCCAGACGGUUGAACUACAUUACAAGACAUGCAUAGGUAUGGACCUAGUGUGUAGAAGUGUGUUAGGAUAGCUAAUGUGGUGUGUAUGCGUUAGGUGUGUACUCCAUUUUGUUGUAGCCUUGGUUUGGACUGACACAGAGGGAGCAGAUAUCUAGUGUUAGUUUAAGAUGACUUUGAAACAAUUGAACCGACCCCCAAAAAAAUCCAUAUUGGAUUUUAAUGUAUUAUUCCUCGCACUCAGACCACGAAGAAAGUCAUUAUUUUUGGUCAAAAAACGAUUUUGUUGACAGUGUGUUGAUUUUCAAUGAUAAAUCAGUUGUUGAAGGAUUAUAAAGCAGUUGUUCUGUGUCAGAAGAGGACUGGCCACCCCUCAUAGCCUGGUUCCUCUCUAGGUUUCUUCCUAGGUUUUGGCCUUUCUAGGGAGUUUUUCCUAACCGCCGUGCUUCUACACCUGCAUUGCUUGCUGUUUGGGGUUUUAGGCUGGGUUUCUGUACAGCACUUCAAGAUAUUAGCUGAUGUACGAAGGGCUAUAUAAAAUAAACUUGAUUGAUUGUCAUAGUUUUAUAGAUUUGCCGGAGCGGUGCUCUGUUGAAAAACACCGGAAAUAAAAGGGGCAGUACGUAACAAUGUUUCAUGUAGGUGGACUUCCUGCCUUGCUUGUGACUAUGUGUCAUGGUUGACCUUCAAAACAGAGAAAGGUUUGUAUAUGUUGUGGUCUAUGUACCUGAGAGUCCAGGUGAACUGAAGCACAUGACCAAUAACCCUGGGAAACAUUCGGAGUUGGGUGUCAGUUCGGCCUGCAUAGCAACAUUUGCACCUGUUGUCUUCUUUUUAAUUUCUUUAUUGAAUUAAGAAACCCAAGACUUGAGAUGAAGAAAACAUGUUAAAAAUUAAUUUAAAAAAAGAGAAUUAUUAAACAGGUAAAAUAAAACUAUAUAAAUAAGGUGAUGAUAUUUCUGUUUAGUUAUGACACACUGUAUGCUGUGAUUCUGAUGCGGGGCACAUAAAGACGUUCAUAGCCGG